CCAUUUAGAAAAUUAAUCCACCACCGUGCACGUAUUCGCACGUCAGACUGCCAUUUCCCAAAUAUACGUUCGCAUGCUGUGCAAGUGUAGGCGUUUCUAUAAGCAAAUAUGUUACUGGUUAUACUGAUGACUUUAGUGCACUAUGGAACAAGCGUGCAUGCGAUUGAGCUCAUGAGUAAUGAGAUAACGUGUCGAGGAGACAAUAUUGAGAUGGAAUUAUUCUUCAGCGACCCAUUCUACGGUGAAGUGUACGCCGAUCGUUUUCAUUCCGACGCUAAUUGUCGGAUUUGGGGAACCGGAUCGAGAUUCGUCGUGCUGAAGUUUGAUCAUUGGGGCUGUGGUGUCGUGGAAAACACAUCGGAGAAGACGUAUCAGGUGUUUGUCAACGUCGCACAACGCCAAAACCUGAUCAAGGCCGACGACCAGGCGUUCCUUGUCACCUGUCACUACGACAUUGACAUGUCGGUGACAAUCAGCGCUAAUGAGUUAGAGGUGGGACAGCUGUCCACCGCCCUCGUGCACAACACGCCUCCGCCGCCGCAGAUUCGCCUCACGGUGUGGGAAGGCAGCGACAAUGACGGCAAGACGACACCAGCAACCUUCGUCGACAUCGGCGAAUCUCUGCUGCUCGUUGCUAGCUUAGAAGAUGCCAGUAUCUAUCAGAACAUCCUUCUCUAUGACUGCCGCGCAUUCAGUGCAGCUGAUCAGAGCUUCCAGGUGCAACUAGUUGACAGUGCUGAAUGUGUCAACUCUGGUCUAGUUGAUGACAUCAUCCAGACGGAGAAUGUACAGAAGAGCGUGGGAGGAGACAGUCCGGUCGAGAAGUGGAUCGCAUUCAGAGCUUUCAAGUUCCCGGAUGCAGACAUAGUGCGCUUCCAAUGCCAGGCGUUCGCUUGUUUCUUGGCAUCUGAUUGCGAUGACACGUGUUCACCCGUCAGGAGAAGGAAGCGUGAGACGGAGGAAGAAUUUAUACAGAGCGAUGUUCCGACGCUGACACUCAGUGGCGAGAUCCGAGUGCGCACGACUAACUCUUCUCCUACAAGCCAAGCUUCCCACACAAGUCACCGUAACGACAUCUGCCUCCCAGCUCCUGCACUGAGUGUGGGUCUAGCUGUCAUCAUCGUCAUCAUCAUAGCCAUCGCCGCUGUCGCCACGAUCCGUUGUCGAAGAACGUAUGACGAUACCGAAGUACUCGUGACGUCAUUCAGAAGAAAUUCCGACGCGCGUCAAUGAAGACUAUGUUAGCUUGAAUAUAUUUAGUCGUAGAGUUCAGCAAAGCUGGUAGUUGAAUAUUACAAAGAGUCCAUUAUAGAAAAAUAUACAGAAUUCUAUUAUGAACUCUUCAUGUUACAAAGAUAUGCAGGGAAGUAGCUAACCUCAAUUUUUUUACCUGAGAAAAGGGGGGGGGGCAUUUUGUGCUAUGGGUAGACAGUUAACGAUGCGUUUUCUGUGUUGGAAAUGUAAUAUACUGUUCGCAUUAGUCUGGGGGCAACUUCCCCCUUGCCUCCCGCUCCCCAAACUACGACCCUGCUAAAGCUCGGAAUGGCAACUUGUAAAUGUGUGUACAUUGUGCAUUUGUACUUGUUAAAUCUUGAUAUUGGAUUGCAUGUUGAAUUUGCAUGCAUUGUGAGAUUUGAAUAAAUCUCAAAAAUUGUGGAUACUAUA